AUGGCUCCCUCUCGCCUUUCCAAAGUCCUUCAGGGCGUCACAGUGACAUCUCUCGCCUCGCUGGGCGGCUUUUUCGUGUGGACGAAACAUGCCCGAUUUACCCCGGAUAAUCAGUUCGGCCCGACAGCAGAGCCUCUUUUCCAGAGCAAAUGGUUCCUUAAAUUCAAUCCCAAUGCUAACCCUUCCACCCACGAUGAGUGUGUGAGACGCAUCCCACUCCAUAAGCUCCGGCCAGAGCUCGUUGAGGAUGCCCGACAUGGUGGGUCGAAGUUGGUCGAGGCAUUCAACCAGGGUGUCUGGGGAGGAUUCGGCUAUACAAUCCAACGUCUGUAUCUGGAGAGAAAAUACCGAAAUGACACGACAACCGCACAUCAGCUCUGGACGCCUGAACAAUUACAGACUUCGACAUACGACGUCGGUACCGAGAUAACAGACCAUUUCGUGGUGUUGGACAAAACUCCAACUUCGGUUCUGAUACGCUGCGGUGACUCUCCCUUGCACAAUCCAGACACAUCGCGGCCGAGUGAUGGCUUGUUUGAGUUGGAUGCAAAGGCCGAUUUCGACAAGGGCGUCGCCGAGUUCAGGCUCAAAAGCAUUUUCUACCAGGGUGAGGGUGAGGCACAGGACAAGACACACGGCCCGAUGCCUGAUACUAUACAAUGGCUGCACAAGCUGUACACCAAAUUAUGGAUGGAGAGUGCCAUGCGCCGUGUCACACAGUGA